GCAAGGCUACCAUGACUCGGCAUCUCUCGAUCAAAAAUUUCUAUCGUGUGUUGUCCUUAGUUUCUUGUGUACUAAUAUCUGUUUCUUGUCUUGAUAAUGGUUUAAUCCGUAAACCUCCAAUGGGUUGGUCAACAUGGAACCUUUUCCACUGCAACAUCAACGAAUCAUUAGUAAAGGAAAUGGCCGAUGCGAUGGCUACCAAACUAAGCAAAUUUGGAUAUCAAUACGUUAAUCUUGACGACUGCUGGCUUGAUCCAGAUAGAGACAAAGACGGCAAAUUGCAAGGAGAUAAGAAGACAUUUCCGAGCGGAAUGAAAGCUUUAGGAGAUUAUAUUCAUUCUAAAGGGCUCAAGUUUGGACUUUACGGAGAUCCUGGUACAAGAACUUGCGCUGGUAGGCCUGGGAACCAAGGUCAUGAAUAUAAGGAUGCAAUAGCAUACGCUUCCUGGGGUUGCGACUAUCUGAAGUACGACUCUUGCGCUGCAUCGCAUUCUUACCAGCUACAUGCUUACAUGGAUAUGAGAGAUGCAUUGAACAAGACUGGUAGACCAAUUGGUUAUAGCAUUUGUCCUGAUGCAUCUCGCUGCAAUGAUCCUAACUUCGUCAUGUGGGAUGCUUCGUCUGUUGCUAAUGUUGUUAUGUGUAGAGGAGACCAGAUAUGUAAUAAGAGAGAUAUAAAUAACUUGGGAGAUAUACAACCUACAUGGAAAAGUUGGACAUGUAUUCUUGAUAUUCAAACCAUAUUUCACAGUAUGGCCUAUGCUGGGCCCGGUCACUUUGUCAUGCCUGACAUGCUGGAGGUUGGCAAUGGAAUGACCGUAGCAGAAGAUCGAAGUCAUUUUUCAUUGUGGGCAAUGAUUGCAGCUCCCUUGAUUGCAGGCAAUGACUUGAGAAACUUGAGUGAUGAAACUCUAACAAUUUUGACGAAUCAGGAGGUCAUUGAUGUCAAUCAAGACAGUCAAGGUAAACCAGGGCGUCGGGUUUAUUACAAUGUUAACGAUUCUACAGAAGUGUGGACUCGUCAACUGGACAAGGGUGACUACGCUGUUGUUUUAUUUAAUCGUAACAACACAACACAAAACAUUACAUUACUUUGGUCUUACGUCGGUUUGCCAGCUGAUCAACCUGCACAUUUGAGAGACAUCUGGUUACACAAAGACCUUGGAAUCAGUCUGAGUUCUUACACUGUAGCGGUUCCUACACAUGACGUAACCAUGCUGAUAGUUUCGCAGCAGCCUGGCGGCCAGUACUCGUGCAGCAGCGUCCAAGUGUCUGAGUGUCGCAAUGAAAAUGCCAGCCAGAUGUGGUCACUUAACAACAAAGAUAAGACGAUCAGAUCGUUGGCCUGUGGAGUUUGUCUUGAUGUGUAUGAUUGCCAAACGAGCAAGCCUAAAAAUGUUCAGAUGUAUGGGUGUCAUGUGGGACAACCAGGGUGUGGUUCAUACAAUCAAGAAUGGUCUUUGAACAGCAAUGGGACAAUCACUACUAUCAUUGAUGGUAAAUGUCUAACGGUAGUCAAUGAUCAAUCAGGCGCAGUUGAAACUCAAGUUUGUGAAACUGCUCUUUUGAGGCAAAUGUGGUCGACUGAUUUUGAGAAAGGACUAAUUGUUAGCAAAUCUGCUAGCAAUCGAUGUCUUACUGUCAACUAGAAUGACCAUAUUUCACUGUUAUGUAUACGUUUGUUGUUCAAUCUUGGUGGUAUUUCAUUGCAUGUUAAGUGUAUUUUAUUAAACUGUUAAAAAUAUCAAACCAA